AUGGGCCUCCUGCAAUUGCGGAAAGGCAUGGAUACAUUCGCCAAUCUGCGCCCCGCAUUUUGCUUUCCGGCACUUGUCGAUGCUUCGAGUCUUAAGCGGGACGUGGUCGAAGGUCUCGACAUCAUGAUUGUGCGCGAGCUCACCUCCGGCGUCUAUUUUGGUGAGCCGCGCGGUUUUGAACGCGGCCUUGGCGAUAAGAGUUUCGGCUAUGAAACCUCGCGCUACACCAAAGGUGAAAUCGACCGGGUCGCCCGGGUUGCGUUUGAAAUUGCGCGCGGACGAGGCGGCGACNUUGCGGAUGCUUGCGCCAUGGAACUGGUGCGUGACCCGAAGCAGUUUGAUGUCAUCCUGGCCGGCAAUCUGUUCGGCGAUAUUCUGUCCGAUGCCGCGGCAAUGCUCACCGGAUCUAUUGGCAUGUUGCCAAGCGCAUCGCUUAGUAAUGACGGCAAGCCUGGCCUGUACGAGCCGGUUCAUGGUUCAGCGCCAGAUAUUGCUGGCCAAGGCAAAGCCAACCCGUGCGCGGCCAUCUUGUCACUUGAAAUGGCUUUGCGCUGGUCACUGGGGCGCCCGGACGCGGCUGACAAACUGUUCGCCGCGGUUGGCAGAGCGCUCGAAGCGGGUGCUCGGACGGGCGAUAUUGGCGGCUCUAUGUCGACAACGGAAAUGGGCGACGC